AUGCAUGUACUUUCUGCUUCUGUGGAUGACAGCAGAGGUGUGAUGGGUGGCUUGCUAGAUGAGGUGUCGCUGCGGGAGUUCUACGAAUUUGUGUACCCCGUGGAUCUUGUGGUGCGGUGGUUGUCAUACAAUCUCUCUGUCGUAGACAAAGCAGCGGCAUCCAAUACAUACCCGACAGCGGCUUCGUUGUCCACAUCGUCACUGUCACCAGACGACGUCGUACAAAAAGAGCAGAGAAAUGCUGUCGCGGAUGGUUACCUCGCACGGCGGGAGUUCUGUUUCACGCUACUUGGGGACAUAUUCUCCCGAUUUCGCAGCUACAGUAGCGCAGCUGAAUUGCGCCGUGAACUUAUUCGGUGCUACCCUGAGAAGAUUGAUGUGGGCGCGGUGUACACAAUACGGCCGAAUCAGAAGCAGAGCGUGGCAAGCAUUCUCCCAGUGGAACGCGAGCUCGUGUUUGAUAUUGACAUGAGUGACUAUGAUAGUGUACGCUCCUGCUGCAGUGGUAAGUCGAUUUGCCGCUACUGCUGGGCUUGGAUGGCGUGUGCGGCCCAUGUGCUGCGAACUGUGCUAGAGGAGGAUUUCGGGUUCCACUACAUCUUGCCUGUUUUCUCUGGCCGUCGCGGCAUCCACCUGUGGGUGUGCGACAAGCGUGCGUGCAAGAUGCACGAUGAUGAACGUACCGCACUGGUGGGGUACAUGACUGUGGUUGCCCCGAAGGCAUCGCGCCACGCGGUGGUGGCCGACUUUGUGAACGGCAGGCCGAUCCACCCUACCAUCCGUCACGUGCAGCUCAGCGUAAUUGACCCCGCCUUCACAGAGUUGUUCCUCAACUCGUCCCCGGAGAACCCCAACAACGUGUUGCACCCGAAGGGUGCCAGCGUUGUGUACGGGGCGAUUGUUGCGGCGCUAAAAUCGGGCUCCCGCCGAGAUGUGGAGCAGCGGUUCCUGCAGCAGGUGCCUUUUCAAGAGGGCAACGUGCUCGACUGGGGCUACGUGCUUCGGGCCCUUGGCGAUGCGGCGGCCAAUGUGACGGCGGCAGCACAGAUCCUUAUUAUGUACCCGCGUCUGGAUGAGCAUGUUAGUACGCGGCGAGACCAUCUGCUGAAGCUGCCGUUCUGCGUGCACCCCGGCACGGCGUCGCUGUGCUGCCCGCUAGAGUGGGACGAGGUCGUGAGCUUCGACCCCGUCGAGGACCCACCGAAGCUGCAGGAGAUGCUGUUGCAUCGCCACAUGGACCAGAAGUGGGUGCAGCCGAUGCAGCGCAUGCUGCUGGAGAUGAGUCAGGACCCAGCGGAGAAACGGUAA